CUGGAGAUAAACAGACAAAAAUGAAACAGUCCUUGUCUUUGAGGAAGUUACAUUCUGUAGAAGACAACAUCCGUCACGUGAGGACGCCGAGGACGCCAUCUCCUCUGUGGGCACAACCUUGGCUCCGCCUUCUUCUUGGCCCCGCCUCCACCCGGCUUCGGCUACACCCUCCCCCCCCCCACCUACCCAGUCCCCGCCGAGCCCGCCUACCACUGCACACCCAGCCUCAGACCCGCCCUCCAUUCAAUUCAAUUCAGCACCUGCAGUGUGCUGGCCCCUAAGGGACUAAGUCUGGAUUCGAAUCCAAGUCCUCUGACUGCCAAGCUUGAGCUGUCUCCAUAGCACUAUGUAGCCACUCUUCUCCACGAAUAAUCUCACAGAGCCAAAUAAUCUGCCCUGGAGAAUGGCGGCCCUCCCGGAUCUCUCCUCUCUUUCGCUCCGAUGCUAGAUAAGUAGGGGUGAGGAGCGGGCUGGGGCACCCCAAGCACGUGGGGGACGGACUCUUCCGAGGGCUGCGGACUGAGAGAGGCUGGAGCUCCAAGUCGAUCUGAGGAGCCAGGCCACUCCUCCCUCACCUCCUUCAAACCAGCUGAGCCCAGCCAAGCGCCCCCAGCCCCUGCCAGCCUGGCUAUCUGUCCCCCUCAGGCACCAUGGUUCAUUUCUUGUCGUCAGAGGUCCGGCAGCUGCUGCACAACAAGUUUGUGGUUGUCCUGGGAGACUCCAUCCAGAGGGCUGUGUACAAGGACCUGGUACUUCUGUUGCAGAAAGACUCCCUAUUGACAGAAGCCCAACUCAAGGCCAAGGGGGAGCUGAGCUUCGAGCAGGACCGUCUGGUGGCAGGGGGACAGCUGGGCGAACUCCACAAUGGGACUCAUUAUCGUGAAGUCCGCCAGUUCCUGUCCAGUUCAGGCCACCACCUCCUACGAUUCUAUUUUCUCACCCGAGUCUACUCAGCUUAUGUGGAGGAUGUCCUGGCCGAGCUAGAGCAUGGGCCACCCCCUGACCUGGUCAUCAUAAACUCCUGCCUCUGGGACCUCUCCAGGUAUGGUGGUGAUGCCAUCAGAAGUUACCAGGAAAACUUGGAAUGUUUAUUUGAAAGGAUGGAACAAGUCCUGCCCGCCUCCUGCCUUCUGGUAUGGACCCUGGCUAUGCCACUGGGGGAACGCAUUACCGGAGGCUUUCUGCUGCCCGAGCUGCAGUCAAUGACGGGCUCUCUCCGUGCCGAUGUGGUGGAAGCAAACUUCUACUGUUCGAUGCUGGCAGAUGGGCACCGCUUCGAUGUGCUCGACCUGCAUUUCCACUUCCGACACGCCGUUCGGCAUAGGCGUUUGGAUGGUAUCCAUUGGGAUCAACAUGCCCACCGCCACCUCUCACAGCUAUUGCUGGCCCAUGUGGCUGAGGCCUGGGGGGUGGAGGCUCCCCGCCGGAGAACCCCUCUCGGGGAGUGGAGUGAGGAGCAGUCAUGCCCAGAACAUCCAGGUCAAAGGUCCAAGGGGACUUGGAGGCACCCAGCCCCACCACCCGAGGGGAAUUCACCCUGGAGGCAUCCAGCCCCACCUGCUGAGGAACCUUAUUCUUGGAAUCAGUCCCGUACGGAGUGGUCCUUGGAGCCGCCGGUACAAGGGUCUGAGGAGCCUGCAUCCUGGAGAUGUUCAUCUCAGAGGACUAAUGGGUCUCUCUCCUUCGAGCCAGUAGCCCAAGAGACUGAGCAGCCUCUGAAUUGGCUGGAUAGGCGGCUCCAGCCCCAGUUCCGGCCUUCACCCCAACCCCUGCCCUUGUCAGUACCCUUACCCCUCCCUGUCCCUUCACCUCAAGUCCUCCCUCAAGACAGCUGCUUCUUCUCGGAUAAUCCUGUCCUGCCUGGCUAUGUCCCCCUCAACUACAUAGCCUUUAGUGACCCCUUACCACCUCCUGCUGCGAUGGAUUCCACACCUGUUCCCCGGCCUCUUGCCCCAUCUCUUCCUCACUAUGGACAGCGCCACAAUCUGGUUAUGCGACGUGCCCAGCGCCAUGUGCCUAAUGGCCCCUAUAGCCGAUCAAGGGAGGGAGGCCUCAGUAGACAGUGGUCCAGACCUGGCCACGCACGAUGAACAACUUCCUUCUUGCCCAAGGACAUGGCCGGACAUACUGACUUCAUAGCCAUGGGCAGAUUGCCCUUCCUAUGGACAUAGCCAGAUGGAUUGAUUUUCACUAAUCUAUCUCCUGUUUUUACCAAUAAAGAUAUGCCCUCCUGCUGGGGAAGAAGAACCUAAUUCUGGCAUUUGGCCUUCCCUUUCCACUACCAUGGCCUCCAUUAUCUACUGCCUCUGUGACCCUGUGCCAAAUAACUUCUAUAGCUUGAAGCAGCUAGAUCGUCUAGUGGAUAUAGGCAAGGCCAGGAGUUAGGAAGUUCAAAUCCAGCCUCAGAUGCUUACUAGAUGUGUGACCCUGGACAAGUCAUUUAACCUCUGUUUGCUUUGGUUUUCCUCAACUUAGAAAGUAGGUUCUUAAACCUACCUUGAAGUGUUGUUUUGAGAAUCAAAUGAGAUACCUGUAAAGCAUUUAGCACUGUGCCUGGCACAUGGUAGGUGCUACAUAAAUGCUUAUUUCCUUUCACCUUUCCCUUCCCUGGUCCAGGGAAGUGGCAUGCGUUUAAGCCAGACUGACCCUUGCAUUGCACAUAGCUGGACAGAGUGACCUUUCGUGGACAUGGCUGGAAAGACUAACAUCAGUGGUAAUGGACACAGCCGGAUAGACAAAUACUCUGGAGAACUGUUUAUGCCAAAUUGUAGAGGAGUAACAAUCUGUCGAUGGAAGGAGUAUGUGCAUGAACAAAAUCACAAGAGAGUUGAAAUACUCAAGUGCAACAAGUUUUAAUGAAGUUCCCAUACUGCUCAAGAGUCUUUAUUAUGGUUUUGGGGAACCCAUUCAGAAAAUGUUGGUGCUGGGAGGGAGCUUGGAACAGGGAAUGUCAACAGUCUUCUCCCCCACCCAAGAUAAAUAGCUCUUUGUACCUCUCUACUGCACUUACCCUAUAAUAAUUUGUGUAUCAGUUUCAUUUAUGGGGUGGUGAACCUUCUCUUUGGCUUCUGAUUUUUGAAAGCCCAGCAUACAGGGUGCAGGUAUGCCUAGCAGUACCUUGUAAAAUCAAAGGCAACUUUUGAUUGUUGUUCCUCCUUUGUUCUUGUUUGUGGGGCAAUAAGGGUUAAGUGACUU